UCACUCUGAGCUUUCCAUCAGGGUCAAGUUCAGAGCGAGGUACAAUGGGUCAAGUUCAGAGCGAGGUUGCAGCAGCAGUGGAUCAAGCAGCGCCACCCGACCCUCAAGCUGCUCCGGCUACUGCUGCUACCACUUCCUCCCUGGAAUCCCUUAUUGCCGAAGCUGCUGCAUAUGGAAACGAUGAGAAUGAGUCUCUUGAUGCGCAGGCUCAGAAAGCAUUAGAAUGCCCUUGCAUAGCUGACCUGCGUAAUGGUCCAUGUGGUGUCCAAUUUUCGGAGGCAUUCCUUUGUUUCCUCAAGAGUACUGCCGAGGAAAAGGGCUCAGACUGUGUGCAUCCAUUCGUGGCGUUGCAGAAUUGUAUCAAAGCUAACCCCAAUGCCUUUUCUAAAGACAUUUUAGAAGACGAUGAAGUCCAGAAAGAGGAAGAGCCAACCCAGGAGUACAAAAUCAUCCCCCCUAUAUGGUCCAAGGAAUCCCCAAGUCCAAAAUCCAAGCUCUAAGAGAGUUAAUUUGUCUUCCCUCUUCGGCCUUAGCUUACUGCACCUAAUUUUUUGUUGUUGUUGAUAAUGUAUUGUUUUUCCUUUUCAAAAUUUCCCGAGCAAAACAAUGAUGUGCGACAUGAAUUUUUCUAUAUAGAGAUCUACUGAAGCAUA